AUGUCAAGUGCUUUGUUGGGAAAGCUUGACGACCUCCAGAACCUCUCGUGGGAAGCUUCCGAGUGGACUCACGGCGAAGAGUGGAAAGAUCAUAAUGAAAGCUUCGAGUCGACAGAGCUGGACUCAGACGCUCAACUGCUGCUUUCAAUGUCUUCCAAAGCUACUUCCGUGCAACUGACGCCGGGCACGCCGAAAAAGAAGGUCCAGAGUGCCGCUUCUAGUGUCAGUCUACGACCACUUCCUACGUCCAGAAGGGCUCUUUCUUCUGGCUUGGAUAGUCUACAAACCAUGCUCGAGUGUAUUGAAGGCCUGGCUGAACAGGAUAUGCUAGCAAUCCAGGCUUGCCUCGAGGAUACUGUCAAUACACUUAAGAACUCCCCUGCCUGGGGCACCACAGUUUUCAGGUCGAACGACUUGUUCCCAUACUCAAACGAUAGGCCACGACGCUCACAGGAGAAGAACCAAAGAUAA